AUGACCCCUUCUAAGCAGCCCCCCAGGUGUGAGGAGCCGUGUGCCCCUGGCACAUUUGGGGAGGCUUGUGGAUCUGUGUGCCCACCCUGUGUCGAGGGCACGUGUGAUUCUGUGACUGGAGACUGUGUCUGCAGCGCAGGCUAUUGGGGCCCCAGCUGCAAUAUUUCUUGCCCGUUUGGUUUCUAUGGAGCCAACUGUUCCUCUCCCUGCCCCUGCCCGGAGGGGCCCUGCCACCCUGCCUCUGGGAUUUGUGAACUGGGGUUCCAAGGCCAGGGCGCCCUCCUCGCUGGCAUCCUGGUUCCCCUCUUGCUGUUGCUCCUGGGCAUCGUGGCCUGUGUCUCCUGCUGCUGCUGGGCAGCUCAGCCUGACCCCAAGGACAGGCCAGCUAGAGAUGGGGCCACUGUGUCCAGAGUAAAGCUGCAGGUCAGGGGGGCACUGAGCAGCCUGGGCUCGGCACUGCCCUGCGGCUCCCUCAGCAAUCACAAGCUGCCUCGGGUCACAGUGUCCCACCACGACCCAGAGAUCCCCUUCAAUCACAGCUUCAUUGAGCCACCGUCAGCAGGCUGGGCCUCGGACGACUCCUUCUCUUCGGAUCCCGACUCUGGGGAAGAGGAUGAGGACCCAGCUUACUGCGUGCCACCCCAACAAGCUGUCAUCCCUUUCACAGAGGAGGAAUUCCAAGAGACUCAUCAGGCAGGAAAACCCAUGUCUGCACCAGAUGAUGCAUCCACCCCUUUUGCCAUCCCACGAACUUCCAGCUUGGCCCGAGCCAAGCGGCCAUCUGUCUCCUUUGCUGAAGGAACCAAGUUCGGGCCACAGAGCUCCCAGGGCUCUGGGGAGCUGGCCAGCCCCUCCAGAAAGCCCAAGAGACUCUCCCGGACGGCCCAGCCCCCAGCCGAAGGGCAAGAGGCCGAGGGACUCCAGGGGCCCGAGCGGCCCGAGGAGCCAAAGCCCAAUUUCCAAGAGCCUCCCAGCACUGCUGCUGUGCAGGGGGAUUUGUCUGGGGGGCACCGGAGGCUCCCUCCUGGGGGCAGGACUGUGGCCCAGAGGGUGGAGGCCAUUGAGAGUGGCAGCAGGGGAAACCCAGGCCCCGUGACCACCAUCUACAUGUUGGCAGGGACUCCCAGGGCAGCCGAGGGGCCCGUCCGGGCAGUCCUCCGACGCUUCGGCAGCUUCCAGAAGGGCCGAGUGGAGCCCAAGGCCAAAGGCAGCAUGCCUAAGCCUCCUCGCCGGGCCCUGAGUCGGGAUAAGGGCACCCUCACCCCAUCCCCUGCUCCCAGCCCUGCCUCUCCCCGGUGCAUGGAGCUUUCUGAAACACAAGCGCUCAAUGGAGCUGGCCAGGGGGAGGAGACAGGCGGGCAGGGAGACCACGGCACCAAGAACCCAGCGGACACGGUGGGGGGAGACCGAGGGGAUGACCCCCGUGUGCUGGCAGAGGCCGAGGAGGAGCCACAGUACGAGAAUGUCCAGCCAGCCUGUGGCACCCCACAUUGCUGAGGUCUCUGAGGCGUGGAUGGAGGGGAUUUGAGGGCACAGGAUGGAAAAGGGACCUGACGGAAGGACUGGGGCGCGUGGGCACGCUUUCUCCCUAAUAAAAGGCGAUGGGGGCCAAGCCGACAGGCCUGAGUCCUCUCCUCUUCCUUCUGGAGGCGGCUCGCUAUUUCUUGGCCGAGCCAGGGAGGGGGACCAGGCGCUCGGCUUUCCUCUCUCCAGGAUUCCCUGAGCGACAAA